AUGGACAGGGCGACUCGCAAGAACGAUGUUAACGAGGCCUAUCAACUACUGACCAAAGCUGGUUGGAUCGGUGCUGCGCGGUCCACUGGCGUUGGCCUCGGGCUCGCAACCAUCGGCCAUUACACCUGGCCGCUCUUCAGGCGGCAGACUCUCGCAUUCAAGGGCUUCGUGGUGUCAAUCUUCACCAUCUUCGGGCUGGUCAUCGGCGCCGAGCAUGCGCUGCAGUCGCAUGAGGCCCAAAGGCGACAGAUUGAGAGUGCAUUGCGGAAAGAAGCGCGCCUCGACCUCGCACGCCGGGGCCUGGUCGCGACAGAGACAGAAAUCGCGAAGUGGAAGGCGGAGCGCAAGGCGCUGGCUGAGUCCGAUGCAGGCUCAGCGUCGAACUCACAACAUUGA